AUGGAAGGAGAAAACUGUAAAAUACCUAUCUUCAAUGGAGAAAAUUUAGUACUGGAAACUAGUAACAGCCAAAUGGAAAUCUUAAAUGAAGAACAAAAUUUGCCGUGGACCUUGAGGAUUGAAGAAGAUGCGUCGCAUGUUGCUGAUAAGUUAAGAAACUUAAGAAAAAAAAAUAAGUCAAUACUUAUCAAAAGAAUAGCUAACAGUCGUCUGAAAUAUUUAAAAUGUAAGGACACUCUAUUAAAAAUUUGGGAAGCUCUUACUGAAACAUUUGAAUGA